AGCCGAGUUUGGUUGCUCCUACUUUUCAACAAAUUCAAAAGCUUCUUACAACUUUCCUAAACCUAAACCUAAACCUAGUUCAUCCAUCUUUUCAAUCAUCCAUCACUAUCUCUCCUUGCAAAAACAUGGUGUCCCAAACUUCCUUUCUCCUAUUUUAUUUUAUUAUUAUUAUUAUUAUUAUUAUCGUCGCAUUAAUUAUGCCGGAAGGCCACGCUAGACACCACCACCACCACCACCUCCACCACCGGCAUUCCCACCCGGCCUCCCAAAUCUCCGCCCCUCCCGAGGCCUCCCCUCCAGCUGCGCCACCUCCAUCGGGCAGCGAUGAUUGGCGAGUGUACGACGUGAGAAUGUUUGGCGCCAUAGGCGACGGCGCGACGGAUGAUACCGACGCAUUCAUGAACGCGUGGGAAAACGCAUGCCAAAUUGAUUCCGGCGUCUUGCUAGUUCCCUACGGCUAUACUUUUAUGAUCCAAUCAACUAUUUUCACCGGUCCUUGUCAAAACGGCCUCGUCUUUAAGGUUGAUGGGACGAUAAUGCCCCCGGAGGGGCCGGAGGUGUGGCCGACGGAUUACAGCCGGCGGCAGUGGCUCGUUUUCUACCGGGUCAACGAGAUGGCGCUACGGGGACACGGCCUCAUCGAUGGACGUGGCCAGCCGUGGUGGGACUUGCCCUGCAAGCCUCACAAGGCAAGAUAUGGUCGCAUAGUGCAGGAGCCAUGCGACAGUCCAGUUGCGAUACGAUUCUUCAUGAGCAACAAUAUUAGAGUUGAAGGAAUCAGAAUGAAGAAUAGUCCACAGUUCCAUUUCAGAUUCGAUGGGUGCCAAAAUGUUCACAUACAAUCAAUUUACAUAACUGCUCCACCUCUCAGUCCCAACACUGAUGGGAUUCACAUUGAGAACACCAAUAAUGUUGAGAUAUACAAUUCAGUCAUUUCUAACGGUGAUGAUUGUGUUUCAAUAGGAUCUGGCUGCUACGAUGUUGAUAUUAGGAAUAUCACUUGCGGUCCCAGCCAUGGCAUCAGCAUAGGGAGCCUGGGCAAGCACAACUCGCGCGCGUGUGCCUCCAACAUAACGGUGCGCGACUCGGUGAUCAAGAAUUCCGACAACGGGGUACGGAUCAAAACGUGGCAGGGCGGGUCCGGGGCUGUCUCGGGCGUGACCUUCCGGAAGAUCCACAUGGAGAACGUGCGGAAUCCGAUCAUCAUCGACCAGUUCUACUGCCUCACCAAGGACUGCUCGAAUGGCACCUCGGCCGUUCAAGUGUCCGACAUAGAGUACUCGGAUAUCAAGGGGACCUACGAUAUACGGAGCCCUCCCAUGCGCCUGGCGUGCAGCGAUGCGGUCCCGUGCACCAACAUCACAAUUGGUGACGUGGAGCUUCUCCCGUCUCGAGGGGCUUUGGUUCUCGAUCCCUUCUGCUGGAACGCGUAUGGAGAGAUGCACGCGUUGACGAUCCCGCCCGUUGCUUGCCUUCUUCAAGGGUUUCCUCGCUCUGUCUUGGAGAAUGAUGUUGGCAUUUGCUAGGAUGCAUUCUUAUUUACUCUCUUGCUUUUUAGGGUUUCUUGUUUUUGUGUUGGAAAAAUUGUGUUGCUAAUUCUUAGGAUUUUCUUUAAUUUCUUUUGUCUCAAGCUAGUUUGUGUUGGGAUUUGGUGAUGUUGUGCGCGUGGUGUAUGUUGAGGGUUCAGACCA